AUGACAUUUCCAAACCCAUUUUCUGCUGUCCAAGAAAGCUAUCGCAGGCGAGCAGCUCAACACCAAAAGAAGAAGGACGACAAAGCCAAGGUGAAGGAAUGGUUGGAGUUUACAGCACAACACAGACAUGAACAAUGGGUCGACGAAGAAUUGGAACCCUAUUUGUUAACUGGAACACUGCAUCUUGUGGAUACCGAUGCCAGCGAUGAGGAUGCGAACGAACGACAGAGGGGGUUAGAGUCUCCACCUGAGAGCCCGAGGUUGUCCGACAGCGCCCAGCCCCCGCUGAAGGCGAUCAAAUUCGUCAAAUACGGAAGACAGUUCGAUACGCUCGGGAAUAGCGAUACCGAUAUAUUUUUCUCUCGAGCUAGGUCUUAG